AUGCCCACGGACCAGACUUGCACUGACCCUUCCUGUUUUUUUUGUCUCAUGAAAGAACCAGACCCGUCAAUCAGGAGACCAGAAAUCACAAACUACUUCAAAAAAAAAGCUCUAUUUGACGACCAAGAACUCGUUUUGGUUCUGAGCGGGCUGUGGAAUAUUGCCAUGACUCAACCUGAUGAUCCAGAGCUUCCAUCUCUGGGCAUCUUUGAAUGCAUGGCAAGCCUGAUCUCUAAAAGCAUCAAUAAUAGAGCUUGGCUUCUAAGAAAUCAAAACAUAUAUAUCCCUUACUAUGCUGCUCAUGUUAUUGGUUCCUACACCAUGAAUAAGGUUGAGUUUGCAGAAAAGGCUGUUGAAUCAGGUGUAAUAACGCCAUUAAUGGAGCUUCUAAGAGGAAAGAUGAGUUGGGUCGAGCAAAGGGUUGCAGUUAGAGCGCUUGGUCACCUUGCAAGCUAUGAGAAAACCUUUGGAGCUGUAGCUGAAUAUGAAGAUGAGGUGGUCAAGUUAGCCAUGAAUUUAGCUUCAACUUGUCUUGAAGAAGUGUAUGUGAAGUUUGUAGGAGUGAAGGAUACGAACAAGAGGUUGAAAUAUCACAGGGAUUUGCUUACCAGAGGCAUUGGAGGUUUAGAAACAGAGAACAGGAAAGCCGAGGAAUGGGCUAGCCAACUUCAGUGCUGGUCUCUGCAUAUUCUCAAUUGCUUUGCCAUCAAAGAAAGAUCUUUGGGUCUAAUUUGCAAGCAGGAAUUCUUGAAGGACUUGUGUGAAAUGUGGGGUGGGUUGAUGAAUCAAACAUCACCUGCUGGGGUUGGUCUCGUUAGAAUUCUAUGUUACAGUAAAGUGGGAAGAAAAUCAAUAGCAGAUUCACAAAAACUUGCGGAGAAUCUUUGUAACCUCUCGAGAUCUUCAGAUGAUUGGCAGUAUAUGGGUAUUGAUUGUCUGCUUUUACUUCUCAAUGAUCCAGAUACGAGGUACAAGGUUAUUGAAAUUGCCACCUUGUAUCUUAUUGAUUUGAUUGAUCUUAGAGCCCUUGGAGGGAGAUCAAACGUUGGUGAAACAAUAACUAGAACACUCCUUAGUGAUUUUAAACAAAGGGAGUCAAAAAUCAAGAACAGUAAAGUUCGAAGAGCACUGGAGGAUAUUUGGGGUUUGAUGGUGGAUAGGAGAGAGAAAGAGCAUGCGAUCUCUGAAGAAAAACUCCAAGAGAAAAGGGUAAUGGUGAGUCUGAUAAAACAGCAAGGAAACCAUAGCUUUUGGGUAGGAGAGAUUAAAGAAGCAAUCCUGAAGUUCACAGAGGCUUUGGAGUUGUGUCCAUUGACAUUCAGAAAACAAAGAAUUGUGCUUUAUAGCAAUAGAGCUCAGUGUCAUUUGUUACUUAGAGACCCAGAUGCUGCCAUUACUGACACAACCAGAGCUCUUUGCCUCUCGAAUCCCCCAAACUGUCACGGCAAAAGCCUUUGGAGAAGAUCACAGGCGUAUGACAUGAAAGGGUUGGGCAAAGAGAGCUUGAUGGACUGUUUAAUGUUCAUCAAUGGCUGCAUCAAAUCAGGAGGAACUUCAAAAUCAAAGCAUAUGAAAAUUCCAUACUAUGCGGUGCGUAUGAUCAACAAGCAAGUGGAUUCAACUUGGAUUUUCACAGCUGCUCGAUCAAAGAGUCAUGCUAAGAAACUACAGCAAUCACAUGGUGGUGGUGAUCAGUACCUCAAUGAUCAAAUGCUGAGAAUGAUAAUAGAGAACAAGGGUUUCAUGUCAGGUCUGUCCACUAUUUUAGAAGAAUCCUUGAUCGCAGAAGGUGGGAGCCAUAGAAGAAAGAUGGAUAAAGCAAGAGGUAGAAAGAAAGCUGUUUUGGCUCGAUCAACGUAA